AUGUGGAUUCAUUGCAGCUUAUAAUGUACGACGUCUUUUAAAAAUAAUUAAAAAAUGAGAAAGAUUUAUUUAUUUAAUCAAUUCAAAGUAAAAAUAGCAUAUUUAUUUGUAACUUUGAUUCUAUUCAAAUACUUAAAAAUCAUUUUUUCUCUGGGAGAAAUCUGGAAGAAGUUGAUUUAAUUGCUAUCAGCCCUUAUUUUUAAAAUUAUGACAAUAUAAAUUUUACAAUGCAAAAGCAGUUUCUUUACAACAUUUAGAAAAGCUUUGUUAAAACUUACAGCUGCUUAGAUAACUCUGAUGAAAAUGAUUAUACUAUAUAAAAAUACAUGA